CCAUAGUCCAAGCCUCUUGUGCGUACCCCGCAUUGCUACCCUUAUAACCGUUAAAACAUGACAGAAGAUAAGCCUGAAGGACGCAGUGGAAUGGUCAGUGCGCAGUGCAUCACUCAGGAAACCCAAUCAGGAAAGAUCUCAAUGCGCCAAAAUCGAUGGAACGGUGUAACUAGGGACAUCCAGUACAUGUACUGUCUUUCAUCGGCCUGCAUUGCAAGCCUGGGGUUUUCUUGUUAACAUUAUUAGCGUGCUGGGUGGACUUAUUUCUUUCUGGCGGGACGUGGAACUGGACAUUUGCGAGCAUUAUUUAUUGCUGCCUGUUUAGAAGCAUGGGCUUCUCUGUCAGGGGGUGGGGAUGGGAAUUGCUGACAUCAAGAUGUAUGAGCUUGACCGCCACUCUUGCAGGUGUCCCUCUGGAGACUGUUGUCAUCAGCAUAUCAAUGCUGCUCGCUUUAAUGAGAGUGUUUGUUGCCUGCCCGCUGCCUAUUCUCUCUUCUCCCCCCACGCCAAACUCUUCCCUACUCACGCCUCCACCAGCCUUCGCCCUUCUGUUCGCCGUCCUGUCUGGCGGGCGGUCUGGGCGGGCGGCCCGCCUCACGUGGGCCGGUGGAGGCGGCAUGCAAGGGGAUGGCCGCCUUGCGAAAGAGCCCGAAACACCCGCCGGUUCGUAGCUUACACAGUGGAUCGCUUCAGCGGCCGAUGUCGAUAGAAUCGCAAGGGUAAUGUAGAUGUUCUUUCGCCGCUGCGCUGCUCUAGGCCUACCCCUGCCUCCACCCCACCCCCACCCCUGAUCGGCAGACGCAUGGCGUGAACUCUCAGAGCAAAGGGGUAACGGUGACACGAGAGGUGUUACUUUGGUGCCGACUUAGUGCCUCAUGAUGCGGCAGUUUCCAAACGGCACAGUGUCGAUAAAAAAAAAAAAAGUCGUGUAACAGUGUGUUUUUCCCCCUUGUAGAUUCUUCAGGAAGUGUCCAAGUCCGUGGACCUACGUAGGAAACUGAACACCGCUGAGGAUUGUAAGCUGCUUGUGUUUCCGUCCUUCAGUAAUUUACCGGUGGUUUUAGGGUAUUAAUCAGUGCACACCCGGUGGUGAUUCGUUUAGCUUGUCCGACAGUCGCAGGAGUUGACCAGUGAGUGCAGCACAGGAGGAGAAUGUAAACAGUGAAGUGCAGGGUGUGUAUCUGUGUGGCGGAACGUGAGGCCAGUUUCCACAGUGACUCACAGAAGACAAGAGGACGAACGCUGGCCAGGGGUGGGUGCGGGCCGCAGGGUGUGACGUGCUUGUGAGGACCGGUAGCUCACACUUGUGACCCUCGCCUUGUGCUUGCUGUGUGCGGGGAGACCAUCCACUUCUGCCAAGAUGACGACUUCGCCGCUGGAGCCCACUGCCUACGAUGCCUCCAUUCCAAUAGCUGUCCAAGCUCAAGAGAGCAAACGGCGGAAAAGGCGUAUUAUGAAAUUUGCUGUGUACAUCAUGUUUGGUGUCAUUGCACUAGGAGUUUUCGCCAUCUGGCUUUUCCACAAGGAUGCAGUGGAGUCCAUUCGCUUUGGUGGAAAUUUUCUCUUCACUGUCAAGGUGCGAACACUGGAAAUAAAACUGGACAACCAGAAUGGUUUGCUAUAUGGAGAGUUGGGCAGCUAUCUGAAGGCUACACCUUUUAGCAAGUGUUGGGAUUCUGUAGCCAAAGAAUAUGAAGAGAACUGUCUGUUCUGGAAACACAUGGCCUACCUGCGUGUGUCCCGUGAUGAUAAUGCUACCAGCCAGUGCUAUACCUUGAACUGGCGAGGUCUGGACUCUGAGUUUCAGGCAGAGGACUGUUUCUACUUACAGAAAUAUAACUGGUAUGGCUAUCUUCUACCAGAUCACCAAUUCUGGCCAAUAAGCAGGUCAGAGGUGAGUCAGGCCCCCUAUUAUACCAAAUACCCAGAGGAACAAAAGGUCAAUUUAGUGCCCAGUUGGCUUGGUUCACAGGGCAUUUCCAUCUUUGUCCACAGCAGUUAUCCAUUCACGGUGAGCUGGAAUAUCUCUGACAAGCGGCAGUUCUGCCUGACAUCGGAGCUGCAAGUCCAGGAGGAUCGCGAGGAAGGGGACGAAGGGCUGGACCAACUGACCUACACCAUUUGUCAGGGCACUGACCUCAAAGAUGUCUACUUGCAAGCACAGCGCCAUCGCCAAGGCUGGAAUGUGGAAGUGACCAAGCGACCUCAUAUGAUUCAGCCUUUGCCCUGGCCAAUCCUAACUCUGUCUUCCCAUGCUGACUUUCCCAAUGUUACCACUAUGUUGUUUGAGAAUCGUUCACGCUGUUCCUUCUUAGAACUACCAGACCUCUGGGAGCGAGAGUAUGGGGAUUUGCAGUUUGAUGGAGGGCACUUAUCAGAUUUGCGAGAGCUGAUAAAAGUAGCAGAAGCAAGGGGGUGUAGUGUUGUGCUUCCCAUCUCAACCUUCUUCACUUUUAACUCUGUACUGUUUAAAGAAGGGGUGAAAAACAAGUACUUCCUUCGGGAUGAGCUCAACCUGGUUACAAAGAUGGUGAGAUGGCGGGAGCGGGAAGGAGCAGUCCUGGAUACUACACAUCCUAAUGCCACUCGAUGGUACCUGGACCACCUGAAAAAGCUUCUGAAUGAGUACAAUGUCCAUGCCUUAAAGCUUCAGCACAUUGAUGUCCCACGUGAUGCUAACUUCAAGGAUAGCAACAUGACUUUCCUAGACUACUCUCGUCUUUUCUUUCAUGAUGCUUCUCUCUUGCUGAAUGUCACCUUAAUCCUGGAGCAGGCUACAGGCUUCAUUGGUGAGCCUGUCUUUGUAUCCCUGCGCACCAACAUUCAUCACAUAGAUGAUGCUCAGUGUUUCAAUACUGUCAUUCCUUGGGCUCUCACUCUCAGCGUCAGUGGCUAUCCCCUAGUAGUGGCAGAUGCCAGCAACUUAUUGCAAGAGCGUAACCUCACCACACAGCUCUUCAUUCGUUGGUUUCAGCUGGCCAUGUUUUUCCCAGCAGUACAGAUCCCUAAUCUACAGCUGAUGGCAGAUCAAGACUUAUCAAAGAAGCUGUGGAAUUUGUUGGACUUCAGACAAGAAAAAGUGCUACCGUACAUGAAGGAGGUGUGGGCCACAGAACGAGAAGCUCCAAUCAUACGCCCAUUGUGGUGGCUGGACCCAAAGGAUUCUGUAGCACAGAUGGUAUCAGAUGAGUUCCUUAUUGGGGACAAGUUACUCGUGGCCCCAAUUAUGUGUGAUCCGGCCACAGGGCGCUCAGUAUACUUACCUGAAGGAAGGUGGCGGGGUGCAGAAAAUCAAGACAUCAUAGGUCCUCAAACAGUGCAUGUCAUUGUCAAACCAAACCAGAUUCCUUAUUUCUGGGAAGUUUCUGAAGGCAAAAAGCUGAGUAACUUUGGAAGUUAAGAAAAUGUGAACACAAAAUGUAAUGUUUGUCUUUUAGAGUUAGGCUAAGACAGUAUUGAGAUAAGCAUUGUGAAAUUACUAGACUUAGUGGUAAAAUAAGCACACACACACAAAGGCAUAUAUUGUCUCUUAUUUAUUUUGUUCUAAAAAGUCAUUCUUGAAUGGUCUAAGAUGUCUUGGUGUCUUAGUUUUUAUUGUGCAGAAUAUAGAAUCUGCAAAGACUAUAGCAGCAGUCAGAGAUUAAACUUUACCCACUGGCAUUUUUGCUAGAGUAAGGUUGUGCAUAAAUUUUUACUCUUAAUUGUUUUUUUCUGGAUGCAAUCUUUCUAGCUGUGCCACAUGCUUUUUAUUAUCAAUAUAUACAUAUCUUUUGUUUUUGAACAUUUGUUGGUAUGUUUUCAAAUUGUGAUAGCUAAUUGCAUGAGUAUGCCAUUUUUUUUUCUUAAUUUGUAAAUGUACUGGCAGGCCUUAUUUAUUCAUGAAGACAGUGCAGAUACAAUAGACUGUUAAUUCAAGUUUCCAGAACUCCAAGAUAAAGCUGCAAUUUUGACAAUACUGAAGAUUGGCAGCACUGAAAAUUUUGUAUUGAAUUUUAGUGUAAUACAUGCUUUGGACAAAAUCUGGAUGCAGUCCAGUUGAAGAGCAACUUCAUUGCCUCACUCACGCUGAGGAAACUGUUAUUUUUUACUUCUAAACCAGACACCCUGAAAUCACACUUGUGAAGAAUAAGUACAGCAGUUAGGUGUGGCUGUGAAAAGACCACACUCCAGAACACAUCCUACAGAUAUGUCUUCUCCUCCACAGUUGGCUGCUACUCUGAGUAUGGCCCACACUCACUGCCCAAGCAUCUUAAGCUAGUCAGACUUAAUUGAAGUAACUAUAGUCAAACUUACUGUAUUUAUAAUAUUUUCCCAGAUUUCUGGUUGGUUUGUUUUGUUUUUUUAAAUAUUUAUUGUUUUUUGUCCUCAUAAGUAUAUUUGAAAUAUACUGUAAACAUCAUCGAAAGCGUAGACUUUUAAAUGAUUAUAAUAGAACUUUUAUUGUUUAGAAUUAAUGGAAGCCACAGUGUUUGUACUUUGUUUAGAAGGAGAAAUUGAGAUGUGCCUAAAUAUUCCAUUGAGUGAAUGUGGAGAGACAGCUCAUUAAAGAGAGGAGGCAUGCAUCAAAUAGUGUAAGAAGAACUCUCUUCACUUGGAUACUAAAGACUACAUUGUAAAAAGCAAAAGAAUGAACCUUGUGUAAAAGAGAUGUACUGAAAUUUUUACUUUCUCCUGUUCCAUUAAACUUUUGCAUAAGAAAAGAGAGAAAGGUGGACUGUAUCUAACACUUGCACUCUAUGUGACUAAGACUGAUGUUGAGACUGUGAUAGCAAACUGUCAUUGUCAGUGUUCAAUGCUUCAUGAGAUUCUCAGUUGAAAGAUAUAUCAUUGAAAAAGUAAAUAUGGUUGCUCAUUUUAUUCCAUACAGAAAUGUAGGGACAGCAGAAAAAAAAUUGCAGCAUAAGAAUUAAGACAACAACAUUCCCUGACUUUACUGUUGGCCACAUCUGCCAUUUUGUAUGCUUACAAUUGUGUUACUUCACUUCACACUGUUUGCAUUCUACAACUGCAUACUCCAGCUAAAUAUUGUAUGGCACUUGUUUUAAGUCUGGCAUUUCAUUUCUUACACACAGUUCUACCUCCGGGUAUUUUCAGAUCAGAUUCAUAAUUUUGGUGCAGCACCUUUGGUUCUGGCAUUAUUACUGUUGAGUUGCAGUGCCAGUUUAGUGGAUCUUAUUUGUAAAGUUGCACCACUGCAUGCACUUGAUGCAGCUAUGGCAAAAUUUUGUUUGAACGCUUACAUUACAUAAUGUACUUUUUGUGCCUUGUCACUAUCAGUGGCAUUGUAUAGUAUUUAUAUUAGAAUAUACAGCAAGGAUUUAUCUAUAAAACCCAGUGUUUUUAUGUUCCCCUUUAUAAUUUUGUGAAAAUGUUGAAUACUGAUAAGACUUUGAAGAAAAAAGAAACUUUUCUUUAUUACUUUUGUCUACUUUAUAAAAACUAUUCUUUUCUUAUUUGACUUGUUUGCAGUUCUUAUUAUAGACUAACUUUAUUUCAGCACAUAGCAUACUUAAUGCAUUCAAGUACAUUAGGUGUGUUUGAAUAACAUCUUAAUGAGCAUAUAUGUGCACAAGCGUGCAUAUACAGACAUACAAAUGUGUUUUAUAUAUUCACUUGUGUGCAUUUUCUUCAGUUUUAUAAGAUCUUUCUUUUUUGUGUGUUAUUUUAUUUUAUACCAGUUUUUUGUUUGUGAGUGUAAGAGUUUUGAGUCCCAAGACAAUUAGGGUCAAGAGAUUUUACAUUAAUAGUUAUAACACAGAAAGUGUGAAGUGUUUCUGGAAUUUUCUCAUUAUGUUGAUUUGUCAGUGUGCUGCUUGUCAGUCAAGGGACAAAACAUAUGUGUGCCAGGUUUGUAGAAUAAGUAUAGUUGGUCUUUGUGCUUAAUUGGUUUUCAGUUUUACCUCUGCCUGAUAUAUACUAUUUGAAAGUGCGCCUUUUUAGUUGAUUUAUUAUACUUGCUAGAUUUUUUUCUGUGCCAUUCAGUGAAGGCACUCUGUAUUGCCAAGUCUCAAGAUUAGUAUGGUUGAGCCAUCACAUUGUUUUCUUUGAUGAAAAAAUUGCAGACAUAUUAAGAUGUCUCGUUUUCAACUGUGCAGCUAUAGUAAACAGUUUUCUGUGCUUUAUAAAGCCUGCUUAGACAGACUUUUAGAUAGCAUAGAGUUUGUUUAAUUCAAUUAAAAGUAAAAACUUUUUUUUACUUUAAUUCACAUGGUGGGUGAGGGGAUGAGGUUGAGGGGUUUAUUUGUGGUGCAUUGUGUGUUUUUAAAAUUGCUGAAUUCCUUAUAGCACUAACCUUAACUAGGUCACAGCAAGGAGGAGCUGCAAUAGCAAUGAGAGUAUAUCACAUGUUUACCAUUACUUUGAAAACAAUAAUAAACAUACAUUAAAUUCCCAUUCCACUCUUAUCUCUCCUGGCCCACCUGUAGGCGGUGUGUUGGCACAACAGUUAGCACCCAUUACUAAAUCAGCGAGGAUGGCUGUCUGGGUUCACAUCUCAUCUUAGGCCUGCAGUUCUUUCUCUGCACGUUUACAGGACUGGUUGCUUUGCCAUGAUGUAGACUUAGUUGCUGGCUUGGUGUUCUACCCGCCACCUCUUGCUUAUUCAUCCACCUGCUCUUUCACUCAUACACACACAUGCACGUGCAUGCAUGCACACAGAAUAUUAUGUUACAUUUCCAGUAAAUCAGGGACAUUCUCUUUGUGUAUUAAAACAAACUGGUGACAUCCCAGAACCACAUCUAUGCUUGCACACACACACACAAAUGCACAGACACUCAUAGACAUAUUGUCACACAUUUUAUCAUCUUACAUGAAGUGUCAAUGAAUUCAGGUUUUUUUUCCCCAUUUGCUCGUGCUCGUGCUGAAACAGUCCAAUUUAGUAUAAAGACCUAGAAACCCAGGCCAUGUUCGUAUCAUUCUUGAGAAGAACUGUGAUAUUUUUACUUGACAUGUGCAUCCCAUGAUCAUGCAAUAUUCAAAACCUUGAACAAGAAGUGAACAGCAUGUAAAUGUUGUACAUAUUUGGUAAAUAGAAAUGUUUAAGCUUGAAUACAAAUUCUUUUUGUAUUCUGAUUUAUUUUAAAGACUAUUUAAAGCAAAACAGAAUUUAAAAAGUAAGACUCAAGGCAUUACUUUUUUCCUUGAGAUAUGAAGCAUAAUUGUUGGCAUCUUUCGUCAUAAAGACUAUACUGUAAUGAACCAUGUUAUACUUGAUCUCCACAGGCAUGAUAACUGAUUCUUGGCCGAUUGUCAUGUUUACAUUCAUGACAAGAGAAUAUUUCAAAUGCAGAUGCUAUAAAAUUAUUAAAUUAAAAAUUUAAUUUUACAUUACAUUCUUUAUUUUUUGGCUAAUAAAGAGAAAAAUAAAAAAAAGUUAUUAAGUAUUUUUAGAAUAUUUUGCACUUUAUACCCCGAGGGUUGACAUAAUUGACUGUACACAUCAAUGUUAACAAAGUAAGAAAUAUGCUUGCACACGAGCCAUUAACCCAACUGUAUACAAACAUUUGAAGAGUUCUUGCCCAUACCAGUGGCGCAAUAGCCAUGAAAAUAAAUUUGUUUUAAAAUAAUGGUGUUAAUAAUGAAGAUUGAUUUAUCAGUCUAAAGCUGGAGUCAUUAGUGCAGUUAUUGUUUGUGAGAAAUACAAUGAAUACAUCGACUAGGGACUGGAUUAGUGAGUCUGUCAUCAUGUUUGCCCAACAACUAUACCUGUGCUUCCUGUCACAUGAAAUGCUGUGCAGCUUAUUUUUGGCCAUGACCUAGGGAUGUUCUCUUUUGAAUUAAAGCUUUGUUAUUACUUAAGCAAUGUUUAACAAAAGCUUAUACAGUUUUUAUACAGCUUGUGUAACAUUGCUGCGACUUUGGUAUUUUGUGAUCCGCAGGUCGAUCAGCAAACUUGACAGAAAUACUAUCGCUUGAGAUGUUUGAUACUUGGCUUGUAAACACUAGUCAGUUUUGGAUGUGAUACUAAUUGUGGCAGUUUGCAUAAUUUUGCUGGAUGUAUGCUGCUACAAGGUUUAUGGAUAAAAUAUACUCUACCAAUUAAGUGCUCACAUCAUGAUAUCGCUAGAAAUUUUGUUCUGUGGGACAUGUCUGUGCACUGGUAUUUAUCCAAAUUCUGCAAUAUUUGUACAGAUUUUGUAACAGCUUCUUUUUAAGCUGCUUGCACCAUUUUAGAGUUGUGUUAUAUUUCUUUGGCUCCACAAACUGUACAUCACAAGUGAGAAGAAGAUAAAAAUCAGUUUUGCAAAAAUUUUAUUUUUAACAGUGGGUUUUUCGAAUAUCCUUUUGUCUGAGAAAUAAUUAUCUUUUGUAUAUUACUAAGCUUAUAUAUUGUGCACUGCUGGUCAUAAAACACCUUCUUUUUAACCCAAAUAACACCAAUUUAGCUCACGUCAGUUAAUUGUUCAGGUAUGAGAAGAGAGAAUUGUAAAAUAUGCAUCCUCAGUUGUGAGCAAAUAUUAGAUUUCAUCAUGCUAUUUUCAUUGAAUCAUUCCAACAGAUUUUCAUUUUAUAAUGGGAAAAACACAAAACUUUUAGAAUGUUGAAUCAGUCACUUGUGUCUUUUCAGCUGUAGUUCAUUUUUUUUCCUUAGUUCCAAUUCCAGCUUCCUCAUACCAAUCUCAUUCCUUUGAAUGCCACAUUGUAAAGGUAGAUUUCUUUGGGGGAAAAUAUCAGUAGGUGAUUCAAUGCUGUCAUUUGACAACUCAGUAUUUUAACAUUAGUAAUGCUCUUUGCAUUUUAGGAUUUAAAACUGUCUUGUCAGUUGCCAUGGUCAUUACCUCCCUUUUAUCCCAACAGUACUUUUCGAUGAACCAUUUGCUUAUAUGUUGCUGAAAACUUGUGUGUGUAUAUAAAUAUAUAUAUCCAGUCAGCUUCUUUUUGCAUGAAAAUAUGUUAUGAGCUUGCAAAGAGUUUGCUUCACUUACCAGCCUUAUGUUUUUAACACUUCAUGGAGCUGAUUGUUAAGAAAACUAUAUCUAACAUCCGCUUUAUUGUAGAAAAAAUGCACAGCCUAUUUGCCUAUAAUGCAUUUUGGUGCACAAUCUAACAAGACAAUUUGGCAUUUCAUUUUCUCAUGUUUUGCAAAUUUUUAGACAUCUUUAAUUUUGUAUUUAUUUUGCAGUCAAAAGAGAUUGCUUAGAAAAUUGCUGUUUAUGAAAUACCAAAAGAAGGGUAUGUACCCAUGUGUUAUUCAGGGAUUGAAGGUGUCUGGCUGUGUUUGUUCCUUUUGGUAGUAGUAAAAGACAAUAAAGAGUUGAUUUUAAA